AUGGAGGAGACCAACAAGGCCCUGGACGAUCUGACAGCGGCGAUCAGCGGCAUAUCGGCCCAGAUAGGCGAGAUCCACCCCAUCGUCCUCGAGCUCCAGGGGUGGCGACCGGCCGUCGAGCGCUCGAUGGAGGACCUGCGCUUGGAGGUGGGCGAGCUGCGACAGCGACUUAAGGAGGUGCAGCCAGAGACCACGCCGCUGCCCGAUCCGGCAUCCGCGGCAGCUACAGAGUUGGCGCAGCCAAUUCGCCUCACGGAUCUGCCUCCACUCCUUCCGUCGACGGCAAUACCGCCACUCAAGCCUGCUCCGAUCGCGGACGCGCGUCUUCCUCAACCCAGCGAGCGCCUCUUGCCUCGCGGUGGUGACGGCCACGGGCCCGCUGGCCACGGCAAGACGCAAGAUAACCGGGGGCUGUCGCCGGGGGAACGGACCCCGCGGGCACCUCCGGUCACGGGUAUGGCCGAUUUCCACCCUUUUGCUGCAGAGAGUUCAUUUAUGGGAGAGCGUCAAUUCGGAUUCGCCCGAUUUCCACCUCCCCCACGUUUUGAUUUUCCUUUGUUCGAUGGUGAUGGGCCACGAGCUUGGCGUUUGAAAUGUGAGGCGUAUUUCAGAGUCUGUACACUUAGUCCUAACACUUGGGUGAGCUGCGCCGUGAUGUAUUUCAUCGAUGGGGCACUGUCUUGGUUGCAAUCCACCAAGGCGCAUCUAAUAUAUACAGACUGGGGUAGUUUUGCAGAAGUAGUGUGUGCACAGUUUGGGAGAGAGGAAUUCCAGUCCCUGUUGCGACAAUUCAAUCGUCUGCAGCAGAGCGGUUCGGUGACUGAAUAUACAGAGAAGUUCACGCAGUUCAUGCACAAUUUGGUGGCACACCAUGAAUCAUGGGAGCCAUCGUAUUUCAUUACACUUUAUUGA